AUGAUGAAAAAGUAAAUGAAAUGAAAGUUAAUGAUGAUAAAUUUGUUUUAUAUGCAUGGGAAAGUAACAUUCGAACCUUUCAAAUGUCAAAAGAAAAAUCAAUUAAACCUACUUUAUUGAAUAAGAGUUUUCAUUCACUUUAUUUCAAAAACGAUGGCGAUCUUGUUUUAUCUGUUUUAUCACACGACUUGUCCUAUUAUUCUUACAUCAGGAUAUUGAUUUAUUCUCACAUUGACGGUAAAUUAAAAUUUAAAAAAUCUCGUAUGGUCAAUUCAGACAAAGAACGUAAAGUAAUGAUUGAGAAUAAUAAAAUAUGGGUCAUAACUUCAAAUAAUUUAUUUAAAUGGGACUUGGAUAAAUUUAGAUUCGAAUUUAGUUAUUCGCUUGAGUUUGACGGAAAUGACGUUGAAAAUAUUAUAAUGAGAAAAAAUUUAAUUUUGUUAAAAUAUAAUGAAAAAAUUUCGAUUUAUUUAAAAGAAAUCCAUUUUCCAAUUCGAAAUAUUCAAAUAGAAAGUAACAUUUCGGUUAGAAUUUUAAGCAAUAACUAUUUUUUGACUUUUAAUUUGGCCAAGGAAGACGAGAAACAAGAUAUAAUCUUACAUCACACAACUGACAUCAAUAAACAAGCCGUAGAGACAAAAAUCUUUAAUGAUGAUAACCCUGAGAAUGGUUUCAUCCUUUUUGAGUAUAAUCCAGAAUCGAGGAGAGCAUUUGGAUUCGUCGAUGGAAAAAUUUCAAGUGUUAAUUUAACCGAAUUUAAUUGGCAUGAAUGGUUUGUGGCCAAUCAUAAAGAUGAUGAAAUUGUUGUUGGUUGGAAUACUUACUUGAAUCAAAUCUCCGAAAGUCCAUUCAAUGAUACUAUGGUUUUUCCCGAUAUGGAAAAUGCGUUAGCGUUAGUUUCAAAAGCUUUACCAAAUCGAAAAAAGGUGGAUGAUACAAAUCCUAUAGAUAUAAAUUUCAAUAAUCAAAAAUAUAAAUGGAGAAUAGAUCAGAAAAAUAAGAAACUCUCAAUUGAUGAACUUCCCUCAGAUACAAACGAAGAAUUAUGUUCGAGAGAAUUGAAAGAAUUUGAACUAGUUGGUAUUCAUUGGAGAAUUCUAGAUAAUAAUGCAUUAGCAUUACGUCAAACUAUGCAAAAUGUUAAAACAAAAUAUCUAUACAUCACAAUAUACAAAUAUGAUAUUACUAAUGAAGAAAUUAAAAUAUCUAGAUUACCAAUAAUGAAUUUCGAAGCCGUUUUAAAAAAGAAUUCUCAUGAUAAUCCUCUUGAUACUUUAUGUAAAGAAUGGUUAAAAGGUUUCAUAGAGGACGAUAGAUGUCUUGCAAUAUACGGAAAAACUUUAUUACAAAAAUUAAUCAAUCAAAAGUCAAUUGAUUAUAUAGAAAAGGUUUAUAGUAAAUGCACAAAACUAGUUAAAGAAAACCCAAAAAAGAAUCUGAAAUUUCUCAAUUUUAUAACAUUAAAUAUGGAAGAUUUAUAUGAAACUUAUCCCGAUCUCAUAGCAAAAUUUAAUUCUGAAAUGUUCAUGUUCUUAGACCCUUCUAAGGAAGAUAUUGUCUCUGAAUAUCUAAAUGACGAUUUUCAUACUUUUAGUGAAGAAAUCGAAAUUGAAAGGGAAAUAUCAAAGUUUGGUUUUAUAAAUGAUACUUUUAGAUAUUUUGGAAAUCAAGAUUCAUUAUCGUCUUGGACACCGUCUGAAAACAGGAC